GCUCACAAUUAGCCCAAUCAUUUUUUAAAUAAUCAAUAUCGAUGUAAUCUAUUACUUUAGUCUACUGGAGACUCGCCUGUGACAUCGUUUCUCGAUUGCUCUGGCCUUGAGCGCGAACUCGGCUGAUCAGAACCAACCCAGCUCUAUGAUAAUGGAACAUUUUAUAAUUUAUCGUCCGAAAUUAUGGUAAUCACACUGUAAAUAUCUACAGUUUUGCCUGUGAAAGUAACGUUUGAUGGGAUACCAAAGAACAAGUAAAAUAACGUUAGCGAGCUAGCUAGCUAACUCCGGUUCUUGAAGGUUUUGGGCAAUCGCGGUCGUGGGCUUUUGCAAGAUCUGAUACACAGUGGGACCGGUCAGUUCGUGUCGUGAAGACGAAGAAUUUAUGGUGACAGAGUGGUACUAAGAUGCAUCAGCUAUGCGGAUCUACGUAAGAAGGUCACUCAACACGCAGAAUGGAAUAUUUGCCUAGCUUUAUUUUUGUCAAAACGUGACAGCACGAGUUACUUGAAGCAUCACCAUGGCUGACAAAAGACACACAUCCAAACAUCUGAAAAGCCUCUCUAUAACCAAGAGGAAAGGAUCUGGAGUUGUUGUUAAAGGCAUGAAGAAAGGUACCAUUGCAAGUUCUGGCACAGCCUCCAUCGCCUCGUUCUUUACCAAUUCCCCGCCACCUAAACUGGCGUGCCCUCUCUGUGGCCAACUUGUGCCACGUUUCAGAAUAAACCAACACAUAGACUCACAGUGUCAGAUAUUUCACAGAGAAAAUGAUAUCAUCGGUAACGACGCAGCUACUACCUCUUCACCCAGUAACAUUGAAGCUGCCUCAGCCAAAAAGGGAACAACUUCGACAUCGGUUCACUCUCCUCCUAGAAAUGUCAAGAAGGUCUGUCGUUCAGGCACAGAACCUUCUUCUCCGAACGAGACAAAGUGGCAGCGUGAGGCCAUCACCACAAGCCCAUACUUUAAAAAGGAGAAUGCCCCUUCUCCUCAGCAGGUAACCAGAUCCAUAGAGAUGGACGGUGCAUCUGUAGUCAGGACCAUUAACUUGGGUAGCAGCCUGUCAUCGAAGCUCUCUAGGAGGGGCCGGAAGCCAAACCUAAAGGGAUCAAAGUCGCAGGUUGAUGACAUCAUCACCAUCCAGGACUCCCCGGAGAGGGGGUCAGAAAGAAGCUCUGAGGAACUGGGCAGCUCUCAGAAGGAGAACCACCUCCCUCAGAUGGCGUCAGACGACCAGAAGAAAACAGUCGUAGUGGAGUGUCAUAGGAGUGCAUCCGCAGAACCAACUUGGGUCGAAGGAAGACAAGAUUCUUUAGAACACAAAGAACCAAAAUCGGAUUCCAAAUUAGAAUGCUUGUCCCCAGUGAUUGCCCUGGUUCCCCCUUCAUCUUCUUCAACCCGACUGAGAAAAAGGAAGAAGAGAGGGGAAGCUGAGGCAUCCAGUGAUUGUUUGUCUGUUCCAAAACAGAGGAUGUCUACCCGCAGCAAGAAAGGCAGAUAUGAGAAGAAUACUGGUGAAACAGAUGUGGUCCCCCUUGCCAGAAACAAUCGUCUUAAGUCAGCUGUUGAUGAGCAAGAAUCUUCAUCUGACAAGCAACAUAAAGCAUCAGAAUCUCCAGCUGGUUCCAGUAACACUGUGUUGAAUGACAACAGCUCGGAUAACAUUAAAACAGAAUCUGGUGGUCUGAGGGCUGUUUACAUUUCUAAUAAUUAUUUUCCUAUGCUCAAGGGUACUUAUGAUGAAAGCUCAACAGGAAAUAUAAGACACAAAGCAGAUUCCACAGAGAGGACUGGAACUGUCGAUGGGCUGAGAGAUUUAGGUGGUGCCGACAAAAUAACUGAAAUGGGAGAAGCAGAGAGCAGUACCACAGAUUCGGAAACAGCAGGGUUAUCUUACUACCUGCGAAACUUCCUGACAGUCCUGGAGGCGGUCCUGGAGAAUGAAGAUGACUGCAUGCUGUUCAACCCAGAGGACCUUUCAGCCAUACACAAGUUUAAGUGUCUGUCAGUGCCUGGUCAGAAGCUGUAUGUGAGACUUUUCCAGAGAAAGCUGAAGUGGCUCCAGGUGAACAAGCUAGUUUAUCCUGAGAUUAGCACGGAACUGGGUCCGGUAACACGGGAGCUGGUAGAAGGAGGCUUCUUGCAGACAGAAACGGACCUCCAAGAACUUGGAGAAGUGUUGGACCUGCUACCAGCCCCGGAGCUUCGGAGCCUGGCUAAAACCUUCCACCUGGGGGGAUCCGGCACCCAGAAACAGCAGCUGGCAGAGGGGCUCCUGAAGCUCAGCAGACAGAGGUCUAUGUUCACCCGGGCCCCUGGACACAACAGCAUCGGGGCCGUCAUCCUCAGGAGGGCCAAGCAGCUAGCUGGCUCCUGUGUUCGUCUGCAGCGCCCCCCCCGGGCAGUCUUCUCCCGGGUCCUCCUCCUUUUCUCCCUGACGGACGGGCUGGAGGAGGAGGAGUCAACCGCUGGGGGGCAGGGCCAGCUCUACACUAUCCUACUGGUCAACUCUGGCCGGCUCUCCUUCCCCUCCUACACCGUACAGCGCGCCGCCAAACUGUUCCAGGACAGAGAGGACCUCAUCAGGUAUGAGGGAGCCAUGCGGUCUCUGCAGGAGGUGGUUGUAGCUAUGCAGACUGGCCACUGGGACGAUGCUGUGGAACUUUACACUGCAGCCAAGACUACCUGGAAGGAGCUGAGACAGACAGUUAACUUCAGCCACCAGGAGAAUCUGCCAGUGUUUCUGCGCUGUUUCACAACAGGGUGGGCCUACACACGCAUCCUGUCCAGGGGAGUGGAGAUACUACAGAGGCUGCACCGCUACCAGGAAGCAGUGGAUGAGUUGCGCUCGCUUUUGGCCCAGUCAUUCUACUGUCCUGACAGCAGGGGGCGGUGGUGGGACCGACUGGCACUCAACCUGCAGCAGCACCUCAAACUACCUGAGCAGGCUAUCAGCUCCAUCAGAGACGGUCUGUCCGACCCUCUGGUGAGGACGGGUCACCGGCUGUCACUCCACCAGAGAGCCUGUAGGAUGAAGGAGUCCCCCAGCCUGAGGAAGUACUGCCCCCUGCUCAGUGAACUGCCCACUGUCCAUGUCAACGAUGUCACUCACGUGACUAUCCGGGGGCAGUUGUUCCCCCAUGAGGGUGGGAAAGGGAAAAAUGUGUUCCUCCUGCCCGCUGAGGGGAGGGAAGAGGGGGGCGGCUCUAUGGUGAUGUGUUCUGUGGAAGAGCUGUCCCUGGCACACUACCGACGGCAGGGCUACAACCAGGGGAUCCAUGGAGAGGGCUCCACGUUUUCCACCCUCUUUGGUCUUCUGCUGUGGGACAUCAUCUUCAUGAAGGGUAUUCCUGACGUCUUCCGAAAUCCAUACCAGCCCUGCCCACUGGACCUCUUCACAGACUGUUUCUUUAGCAACCGGAGGGAGGCUAUUGAAACCCGCGUGCAGGUGCUCCUAGAGGCGUCCAAUGAGAUGCUGCACAGCCUGCUGGCUGAGGCCUGGACCAAUCAGGAGGGGAGGGUGUGUUCACUGGUCAAUUGGGAGCGCUUCUCAUCGUUGGAGCAGGCACAGAGCCUGACAUCGUGUCUGGGUGGAGCCUUCCUGGGAGGAAUGGUAGCCAGGAUGGCGAAGGAUUACCGGCACUGCCGAGCAGGCCUACCUGACCUGGUAGUCUGGAACACCUCCAAUUACUCCUAUAAGCUGGUGGAGGUGAAGGGGCCGAGUGACAGGCUGUCCCAAAAGCAGCAGAUCUGGCUGGACGAGCUGCAGAAGCUUGGGGCUGAAGUGGAGGUGUGUCACGUAACCGCCACAGGGGCCAGAGGGGCUCGUCUGGAUUAAUAAGACCUGUUACAUACUGCUGAGCUAAGCCGAGUCUGGUGGACACACAUCCCCCGAUGAUUUUGGCCCUGCGCUGUAAAUGACAAUAUGAAAAGAAACAUGCCAGCCCUAUAGAAAGCUAUCAGCCAAACACGUUCUCGAAAUUACGCUUUCUGAACCUAGGACUACAAAGCAUUGUUGAGAUGAAGAUUAAAACCUCUGGGUAGUUUUGUGUCAUGCUGUGUAGCUUGAAUGUUAUGCCGUAGCCUAACGUGUCCACUGAAAGACAUUCAAAUAAAAACAUUUUGAUGUCA